AAAUGAUUGAGAUAGCGGAAAAGGGUGUAACGAAUUUGGAAUUGAGCAGGCAUUUAAUUAAGCGACUAAAUUAUCCUCAAUGGAAAAGAAUCAGCAGGUUUGAAUUUACACAGAUAUUUUGAA